UUAAUGUUCAAGUUAUUAUCAUUUCAGCUAUAUAGAGCUGGUACAGUACACAGUGAAUAAACAACAUUCCUCCAGGACCAUGGUGCUACAUACACAACACAGAGCUACAUGAGUCUAUACAGAACUAACCACACAGACCUACACAGGACUACACAAAGUGCACGUGUGCAAACAGCAAGACAGUACAACAGUGACUAAAACAAGACAAUAGGCACAGUAAAGGACAGUGCAGCACUGACCAGUACACACAUCUAAAGUGGAAUAAAGGUAAUAUAAAAAAUAAUAAGGUGCAAAGAGAUUACAAUAUAAUAACAGAUAUGUAAAUGUAAACAUGACAUACUAAUGAGUAUCAGAAAUGCAGGUGGGCAGUACAGAGGUUUGUUUCUGGUGUUUCAGCAGCAAUUUAAGAAAGAAAUGUGCAAAAAAAAUUACAAAGAUAGUGGACUGAUCUUUUGAAUCAAACACCUAAUAAUGAUUCCAGCAUCCCAUACUAUGAAUAAAAUCCUUUUAUUCCUAUAUUCUUGGACAUUUCUCCACCUAUCUGCAUGCUGCCAUUUCAUUAAUCCUAUGAAUUAAAGCAAAACUAACAGGGCUCUUUUUCUACUUUCCUGUUUCAGCAGAAACGAAACCUAUAAUCUGAACCCCCAUCUGAAACACGUCUCACUUCCUGUGUAAAAAAAAAAAAACAACAAUAAACCAACACGAAUUUUAAUCCACGGUUAACUGAUCAGUUCUAGGUGAGUGAAUUCACACUUUCUGUGCCAGGUAAGAAAAACAGUAUGUGAUAUGAUGAGAUGCUGGUGGGAUGGGGAACUGGUGGAGACAUGUUGCAAGGGUUUUGCGAAUCUUUUCAGGUGACAUGGGGUGUGUUGAUGUCUGAAAUUCAUCACCUCCUAGCACAUAUAGAUAUACUGUUACAUAUCAGCUCCAUCUGUUUACACUACACACAUUUCAUUCCUUGAUGCAGAAAGCAAGUGAUUGGGUCUCGGAUGGUUCUGACGUUUUAUAAAUGGGAGGAUCACAAACUUCACAAUCUCUGUUGAUUAUGUAAAGAGGCUCGACAGUCCUUCACAGAAACCUGUUUUCUUUCUCAAGAAACAAAAAAAAAAAGGAAAAAAAGAAGGAAAAAAAGAAAAUUAGGUUUCAUUUUGACUCAGUGCAAGAUUUGAAGAGCUGAAAGCCCACAAGCAACGACAAGUUAUGGCAGUUCAACAGCAGGUUACCACAGUGGUGUCGCACACAGGAUAUAGUUCUGGCACAUGGACCACAGGCAUCUGUGACUGCUGCUCUGACAUGAGCACUUGUUGUUGUGCCCUGUGGUGUUUCCCGUGUAUGCAAUGUCAGACUGCUUCUCAGUUUGGCUGGUGUUUCUGCAUGCCCCUUCUGGACCCCUUCUGUCUGACCGUUUCCUGUUGCCUUCGCAGCAAGAUGAGAGAGCGCUACAGCAUUCAUGGCUCAUGCUGUGAUGACUGCUGUACUGUGUGUUUCUGCUACACCUGUGCCUGGUGCCAAAUGGCACGUGAAAUUAAGAUUCGUGCUCGAGCUGGCACUAGUGCCACUGUGAUCACUCAGCAGGUUAUAGGCUAGCUGAUCCUUUGCUGCUUCAAAGUUCAAAUGUUAAAUCUCAGCAUUUACAAUUUAAUCACUUCAGUGCAUAUUGUUCACCUUUAUUUCACACUGUUCACCUUAAGUUCUGAUCACACGAUGACAAAAGUGAAUAUAAAUAUACAUUUCUGUUAUAUUAACCAGUCUUAAUGACUUUUGAAUAUUGCUUUAGCUUUGCAACAAUGUUUGUUCCCCUUGCAACAAUUUGAUAAAUAAAGCAUAUAGCUGCUGUUAAA